CUGUUCAAUCCACCAUGGGUGACUGCGGAAUGGCAUUCACCAGGGAAGGAUGGGGCGGACUAGACCUCUCUAUCUUCUAGAGAAACGAUGGAAACGUCAUAGCUUCUCUCUUCUCCACGGAAUAUGUGUGAGUCAAAGGAAAAAACCUUUUUCAAGUUAAUGCAUGGUUCAGCCAAGGAAGAAGCAAGCAAAGAAGCCAAAAUCAGAGCGAAGGAGAAAAGGAACCGGCUAAGCCUUCUCCUGCAGAAAUCCGAGUUCCACGAGGAGCCAAAGGCCAGGAGGUCUGCACUCUUGACUGGAACAACCAGAGUCUGCCCGGAAGAAGCAAUGCGAUGGGGUGAAUCAUUUGAUAAACUGCUUUCCCAUAAAGAUGGACUGGAGAUUUUUACCCAGUUUCUUAGAACCGAAUUCAGCGAGGAAAACAUUGAAUUCUGGAUGGCCUGCGAAGACUUCAAGAAAAGCAAGGACCCCCAACAAAUGAUCUUGAAAGCAAAAGCAAUAUAUGAGAAGUUUAUCCAGAACGAUGCCCCACAAGAGGUUAACCUUGAUUUUCACACCAAAGAACUCAUCCUGAAGAGCAUCACCCAGCCCACCCUGCACAGUUUUGACGCUGCUCAGAGCAGAGUGUAUCAGCUGAUGGAACAAGACAGCUACACGCGGUUCCUGAAGUCUGACAUGUAUGCAGACUUGACAGAAGGAAAACCUCAGAGACCCUCCAAUCUGAGAAGGCGGUCCCGUUCCUUCACCUACAACGAAUUCAAGGACGUGAAGUCAGAUGUUUCCAUUUGGUUUUAAAGAAAAUGAAUUUUGCUCAGUUUGGGGGGUCAGAUUGUACAUCUGCCUAGGUGAACAAAUGGGUGCAUCGUUUAAAUAAAAUAUGGCAUGUAAAAGGAUUUUAAGAAUGUAAGUCAAAAUGUUUAUUCUAACAAUUUGUACUGUAUCUGCCAGU